AUGGCUGACAGCCUUCAAUACAGCGCUGAAAUUGUUCGCUGGGUGGCCGAGAGCAAGCAGCCAUUCUCAGUCGUCGAGGAUCGUGGAUUUAAGUCCCUCAUGAAGACUGGGCGCCCUGGUUACCACAUACCUUCUUGGGAACACAACGGGGCACUCAACUUUGCGACCGACGCAUGGACUUCACCAAACCACAAGGCGUACAUGGCAAUCACCGUCCAUCUAGAGCACAAUGGCGUACCCAUCUCAAUGCUUCUUGACCUUGUUGAGGUGGCGAGGUCUCACUCUGGAGCAAAUCUCGCUGAGGCUUUUGCGGAGAUCCUUUCGAUAACUUGUGACAAUGCGACCAACAGUGACAAGAUGAUCGAAAAGCUGGCGGACCUCGUCGAGCAUUUCCCUGGGCCGCCGAACCAGACCCGUCCUCAGGAGCUGAGUAUCCUUGAAGAUGGCCUUGAGGAAACUGACGAUAUCGAGGACGACAACAUCGAGGGAUUGGAAGACGAAUGGGAUGAGAUGUCGGAGGAGGACCGUGCUGCACUCGAAGAAGACGUCAAGCCUGUCCGUCUCAUGUUGUCGAAGAAAAUUCUUGCUCAGAGUUCUGGAGCAGUCUUCAGCACCAACAAAUAUCGGUUCCCUAUUCAAAGCCUUGGUUCCCUUUCCUCGAUCCUCCGCUGCGCCUCUUUGACCCAGCUUCACAACAUUCUUCUUAUCAUUCCGACUGCAUUGGAACUUAUUUUCGCCACUGCUUUGAUUUUUAUUAAAUGGGGUUCUGGGAGGAGGCACCUGCUACUCUCCGCGGAAGGAUGGGUCUACUUCACCCUUGCGCUGGUGGAGCUCUUCUCUGAUGUGCUUCCUGCUGUGCGGGACGAUCUUCCGCUGUUUCGGGCGUUUGAUGUAGGGAUCGGUGUCGCCUCCUUUCUACCCGUCUUCUUCUAUACCUUCUUUCUUUUUCUGUUCACGAGCGGCGAGCUUGUCGAGUCUCUACCGAAGCGCGUCAAGAAUGUCGCCAAACUCGCGCUUAUCUUAUUCGUGCCCGCCAUUGUCAUCUUUAAUGAGGUUGCUUCCUUCAUGGGUGUUUCGAUUCGGACCGUUCAGCGGCCUGGCUCGGACGGACCGAUCGUCGCUGUCGGCUUCACAAGCAAGCAGAAGGAGACCCUCUGGGCAUUCUUCACCAGCACCACGCUUGCCCUCCUGACGGCGUUCCAAGCGUCCGUAUUCUGCUUUGCCUUCUUCCGCCUCUUCCAGGCAAUCACGCACCAGCGACGUAUUGAGGCCAAAGAUGAAGACAAGGCGCACUUGAUCAAAGGCAUUGGGUGGAUUUGCGCUGGGGCUAAGUUGGGGGCAUUGGAGACGGUGGUGGGUUUUGCUGGAGGGGGGUUUGGCGUCGCGAUGACGAGGAGGAUGAUGCGGAUGUUGUCGAGGGCCUGCUUGAUCAUUGGGAUCAUAAAGGGCGUUGACAUUGUUGAAGAUUUCCGAGCCGUCAGCAGUGAAGUAAUGGCCAGGAAAUCGACGAAAGAGUUCAGACGGUCUCGACUAAGGCAGUUCAUUUCCAACCCUCGGCUCAGCACGUUCCGCGAGUUGUCGCCCACCGCCACGGCUUUCCAUGCGACCCCGCGCGCUCCGCCGAUCCUUCCUCGCAGCAAACGCAACACCCUCAUCAAGCCAAAUCCUAGAGGCCAAUCAUUGGCAACUGUCCCCAAUAUGGAGGAGUUUGUCUCCGUCAGGGAGAAGCAGAACGCUCAGCGGGUAACGGUGAUGUACAACAAAGGCGCACCGACACUUUACAUGCGCUUCUCCUCGCUGAAUCUACCCAACCCUGCGCUUAUUGUGGAGCAGGUGAAGAGCCGUCCUCCGAGCGAAUGGUCCAUUGAGCGGUAUCGCAGCAAGAGCCAUGGUCCGGAGACGCCAUACGCCAAGUCGGUCUUCAGCAUCGAAUAUAUCGACCCUCCUCAGACUGCCAUGGAUGACGCCAACGCACACUGGACCACCGACCUCGAGAAGGCUGGCGAACUCAGUGCGCAGCAACUCCAGGUUCCCGAGAAAGCCGCCUUGAAUGUAUUCCGCCAGUCCAUCUUGUCCCCCGCACCCUCAUUCAAUGGUCCAUUCGAAAUCGUCACCAUUCAACGCCAGACAGUGUCCCACCAGGCUGCGCAACCGCAGGUUUUAAAGACGUUGACCAGGAGUGGGAGUCUCGACUCGCAAUCAACAUCAAUGACACCGAUCAGCUUUGCCCCGCCGAGCAUGUCAAACGUAAAGCCCCAAGAAACAACCGUCACCGGAGAGCCACUGACACAGUCGCCAGUGGAGGCAGACCCGGAAAUUAAUGCGGAUGUGGACGAGGCCGCUCUGCGGGCCAAGUCGAUGAGCAUUCGGAGUAUGCCAGAUUCUCUCCAAGCUGUUCGCGAACUCGCUGGUCAAUUCCCCGGCCCGCCGGGAAGACGACCGAGCUCGACGGUGUACGAGGAAGACGAUGGUAGUGUGCUUGACUAUCCACCUGGCAUCAUCGUCGUGCAAGCUCUGGGCUCGCCCUCGCAGCUCGAGCACGAUGUCGAUCUGAAGCGGAUGACGGUCGCGACGCAGAACACGACGAGUUCUUGGGGCAACAUGAUUCAACCAUCGCCCAUGGUGGGCCCUCAGCCCUUUGCAGAUCAGAACAGGUCAGUUGUUGUAGAAGCUCCAGAGACGCGCCAACGCAAGGGUAGCGGACCCCCUCCAUCCUACAAGUCGUACGAACAGCAACCCAUCGACCCAUUCAGUGACGAACCGACUCCAACUGCCGAUGAGAGGCUCUCGUACCAACAGCCGACACCACCCUGGGAGAAGCUCACCAUCAACACCGCAAUCGCCCAGCCUGGCAUGCUGGCCCCUCCGCCACAGGAGACAUCGCGCUUCAGCCCAGACGACGACGAGAUUACUGCUGCUUCUGUCCUCUCGGGUCUGGCCCCAUUCACUGGCAUGAGAGACGAAGAUACGCCACCUACAGAGUUUUCUACAGCUCUCGAUACGGGUAGGUCGAGGCAGCUCAAGUCUAGUCGAGCAGAAGAGCCGUAUUCCACCCCGACUCGCAAAUCACUCCCCUCUUUCUCCUACUCCAAGCAGAGUGGCGAGAAACUCGCAAUGGUCGCGCAAUGGGUUGAUACCAGCGCAUCCGUCGAAGAUGCCCUGGAGCAGGCCGCCAUUGAAGCACCCGCCCGCGAGCAGCAGCGCCGCGACAACGAUCUGCAGAAUUUGCACGACCGCGGCAAGAGCAUCGACAACCUCGUCAUCCCAUGGCUAAAACAUCCUGACGACGAGCGCAAGAUCGCGAAGGAAACGAUGGCCCAGAUAGCACGGGUGAAGAGUGUGGGCAAGGCGCCUCGGAAAUCGACACCUGUCCCUACGCGUUCGGGUUUGGUGCGUGGUAGCUUGCAUCUCCAACCCCUCGUUAUUCCUCCCAGGAAUGACAGCAUGCCAGAGGCGGUCCAAGUCGAGGUUGAGUAUGGCAGCGUGGAGUCGACUUUGACAGGAAAGGGAGUUUUGAGAGAUUCAGAGGUGCUUGGCAUGGAGGAUACAGUACACAUGAAGCAGAUCAAGCAGAGCAAUUAUUUCUAA